GAGCAUAUAUAAUUGGCCUGAUUUAAGAAGGAACCAUUCACCCGGCCGGCCUUCUCCCCAGAUCUGGAGCCUGAGAAAAUGACCUGAAAUCAAAAAGGAGAAAUUGAGAAUCAUGGUUUAGGUGGCCAGAACUGUCUCCUUUGAUGGAAAGGGGGCAACUGCCUGAAGUUGGAGCCUGAGCUGUGUCCUUUGGGUCUGUCCAGGGCUGCCUCCUUCCAGCUGAGCCCUCUCAUCUAGGGCUAUCAAGUGUGGCAGGAUUCUUCAGAAGACCCAGUGGGAGGCUGGUGGGACAGGUUGGAGACCAUGGUCUCCUUACAAGAGGACAGACAGGAGGAGGCUGUCUGCCCCAUCUGCCAAGAACACCUGAAGGAGGCUGUGAGCACGGACUGCAAACACCUCUUCUGUCGUGUGUGCCUGGCCCAGCACAUGGAGAAGGCCUUGGCCUUUGGGGCUCUCUGCUGUCCCCUCUGCCGGAAGCCCUAUUCUGAGAGGGUACUGGGGGAAGGCUACAUCUGCCACAAGCACCAGAAGAGGUUUCAGAGGUUCUGUGAGAAGAGCAAAUGUCUACUGUGCGUAGAAUGCCUGGAGUCCCCUGAACACCAGUCUCAUUCUGAGCCGACCAUUGAAAAUGCCAUCAGUCACUACAAGGAACGACUCACCCGCCGGUUCAGGAAGCUCAGAAAGGACAUUGGAGAACUUCAGCGGCUCAAGGCUCAGGAGGAGGAGAAGCUGCAGGCUCUGCAGUUUCAGGUAGACUGUGGAAACCACAAGUUGGAGGCUGAGCUGGUGAGUCAGCACCAAAACAAGGGACAACUGGAUAUUAUCCCUCAACAGCAGCUGGAGGACACAUCAGCAGAAGAGGCCAGAAUCCUUGAGCUCUCCAAGGCAAUAGCACAGAUCAGCCUUCUGGUUGCUGAUCUGGAGAGUACAGCCAAGGAGUUGGAUGCCAAUACACUGACGACUGCCAGUGACUUACUGAAAAGGAGUACUCCAAAGAAUCUAGAUGAACUCCUCUCUCUGCUUGCUCCAGCUGGUCCAGUGGCCAAUUAAUCUUCCUGGUGCAUCAUCAGGUCUGCCAUCUCCAGAACACAUACCUAUUUCGUCAUCCCUACAGCCGUGAUCUGAUGCCUGGAUCUCUGACACUUGGACUCAAUCUCCUUCCUGAAUGAGGUUCAUGCUAUGGCUCUCACUGUGGAGGUCAGAUCCAUGAUCUCCAGGACCACUUACAUGAUCUCCAUUUUGCCUGUAAACCAAUGGUAUUAAAAUAAGCACCCAGGUAUCUGGGUGGCAUGAGCUCACCAAUGAUGAUGCCACGUUAGUACAUGGAUCCCAGCAGGUUUGUGGGAGGAAUAUUUCUUCUGAGCUUCAGUAGCACCUGUUCUUUGUACCAUCCAACUGUCAUGGUAGACAGACUCCAGGGGGGAUCCCCAUGAUUCUCACCUCUUGGUGUUCAUGCCCUUGUGUGACUUCCUUCCCCUGAGUAGACUGGGAAUCAUUACUUGCUUCUCAUCAAUGAAAAAUGGCAAAGAUGGUGGAGUGUCACUCUAGUACUAUGUUACUUGGCUUAGGAUUCCUCCUUCCUAGCAGACUCAACUCUAGAAGCUCUACUUGCUGACCUGUUGAAGUGGGAGGAUCUACCUUCUAACCAGUAGGAACAGGGACCCUUAGUCUCCCAGCUAUAAGAAAAUGAAUUCUGCCAACAUCUGAGUAAGACUGGAAGUAGAUUCUUUUCCACUUGAGCUCCCAGAUAAGAACCUGGUUCAGCUGACACCUUGAUGACAGUCUUAUGAGACCCUACACAGAACAUUCUGUUAAGUUAUGCCCAAAUUUUUGACCCCCCCAAAAACUGAGACAAUAAAUAUGGAUUGUUUAAGGUAGUAAACUUAUGGUAGUAUUAAUGGAAAAUGGAUAACUAAUAUAAUUGUAUAUUAAUUACUUAUUCAUGUAUCUCACUUCUUUGGGUGAGCAAAGAUAUUACUCUAUGUUCUCAAUUGUUGGUGCCUGGCUCAUAGUUGGUGCAUAAUAAAACUGUAAAUGGAGGCA